AAUUUCUCUCUUAUUUCUCUCUCCUCUAUUUCUUUGAUCAUCCAAAUAGAACAUAACGUUUUCGCCAAUCACAGCAACACAGUCUCUCCUCAACCCUAAAACCCUCCCGCGAUUGAGCGAUUCACAUCAACAACACAGCUUUCUUCAUCUCUUCCCACAGGUAAAAUAAAAUAAAUGGGUGGUGCAUUUUGGGGUACGCGGGUGAUGGAGGUAGUGAAGAAGCAUGAUUCUUCAGGACUCUUGUGGAAGAGAAUCAAACUCACCACAACUCGUAAAGCCAAUGCCAAGAAGCGUCUUCGCCGUGUGUGGCAGAAUGAAGCUGUCCUCAAGGCUUGUUCCGAACCAGCUCCUUCAGCAAGUUCUUCUGCCAGUGCCAACAAUGUUACAAAGAGUACUUAAGUUGAAGGGUGUCCACCUGAAGGUUGUUCCAUCGGUAUUUUGGGUCUAUAUUAGUUUUUGUCGCUCAUUUGAAAAACUGUAGAGGAUGCUUCAAUUAGCCAAAGAUUUUAACUUUCUUACAAAAACUAGUCGGUAAGUUGUAGCCUUUUUAGGGCGCAUAAGCUGCAAAUACAUUACAGUUUUUUAGAGCUUUAGCUGCGUGAUGUGUCUUGUGUGAGCAUUACUAUCUAUCUUGCCUAUUUUAUGAAGUCAGUCAAUAGUUCUAUAACGUGUUAGCGUUUACUACUACCGAAAUUUCUAGCAUUGCAGUUGUUGUGACUUGCAAUGCAUAUUGAUGUUA